GCAAGGUUUGAGUCGGCGCGGCGACUGUCAGGACAGGAGCGGUACGCGUACCCUGCCACGGGUUCAAGUCAAACUUGUGACGGGUUGCCAGCGUGUCCGACAAGUCAGAGUGGUCUUGCUUGCCGGCUUGUGAGGUCGUCCAUAUUCCUCUAGCCCAACUACCCCUUGAAAUUCUUGAAAAUGGCUGGAGUUACAUCAAUCAAUAUCACCCUCUUCAUUCUGUGUGCGGCUGGCGUCGGUGCUUCGUAUUAUUCCAUUUUUGUGGAAAAAGCUCUGGAGCAAAAUGAGAAGUACCAGGCUAUGUGUGACAUCAAUGACCAACUAAACUGCUCCAAAGUUUUUGGUUCCAAGUAUGCCAAAGGAUUUGGCGUCGUUGGAAAGUACCUUGGUGAGAAGCACAUACUGAAUCAGCCAAACGGAGUUUAUGGCGUUGCCUUCUAUGGUCUUCUUGCCCUUCUGAGUUUGAUCAAUGUGUCCUUCCUUGUCAAUAUUCAGUUGCUUCUUGCGUUCUUGUCAAAUGGACUCUCUGUCUACCUCGGCUAUCUCUUGUUGUAUGUCAUUAAGUCAAUUUGUGUAGUUUGUGUGGGCACAUACGUCAUCAACUUCCUUAUUCUCAUCUUCACUAUUGUGAAACUGAGGCGCAUUUCUAAGAAGCUCAGCAAGAAGGCCCAGAAGGCAGAAAACAAGCAAAAGAAAGCAGCCAAGAAGAACAAGUAAUGUCCCUCUCUCCUAGCAUUUCUUUUCUAUUGUAGAUGCUGGCAGUGCCAGAAAGGAAGAAUAUUUAUUUGCCUCCUGAAGAAAAAAUUGCCUAUUAUCUGAUUUAAAUUUUACCAGUUACCUGGUAUUCAAAUACUUGUACUGUUGAUCAGUACUUUGCAACUCAACAUGCGGUUUCAUUUUAAUUAAUUUGAAUAUUGCAUUUUCUUUCCCCUCUGAAGAUUUUUCUCCAGAUAGGAGAGUUUAAUAUUCUCUCUUCUUUAAUGACUUAUCUUCAUUGUAGAACACCAUUGUUAAUGAUUUUUCAAGUCGAAGUAUUGAUACGGGUAUGAAGUAUCUUCCAAAUUUUACUGUUACAAAUUAAAAUUAUGCUUUCAAUUAAUAGAAUGAACAAUUCAAAUGAAAUUUUUUGAAUAGAUUGUUUAACUUAUGUUAAUAUGCAAAUUGUUACUGAGAUUGUCAGAUUUGCAAGUUGGGGACCAUGGCUAUCCACACUCAAUGUCUUUUAAAUAUGUGUGUUGUACAAAGAGAUUUUGUGUCAUACUAUUUUAUCUUGUGUAGACUUGACACAUUAAUGUUAUGAAGGAAGUCUGUGAAAAUAGACUGGUGUGUAUGAUAUUGUAAUGAGCUUUACUAAGCUCUGUAUCUUAGAUCAUUGAACCUGUUUACUUUCCCAUUGAUAUUCAUUAGACUGAAGGUUGUGAAUUUGGUAGUUCAGUAUUGUUGACAGCUGCCGAAGGUGCUCUUAAACAUUCCAAACAUUCCAAAUUUAGAGUUUUGUCAUUGUCCGCUAUCUUUCUUAUAAUCUAAAGGUUUCUUAAAAUUUAUAUGUAACUGCCAAAAUUUCAAUUUCCAGGAAAAAGUAUCUUGCUUUAGUGGAUUCUUUUUGUUUUAUUUGUGAAUUUUGUACUUAGUAGCUUAUUUGAGCCCAAGUGAACCAUGACAACCUUCUUAAUGGUUUUGUAAUCUAUCUUAAAUAAGUUAUUUGUGUUGUACAUUGGUGUCUGCGAUUGACUGAGUUUUCUAUAAUUUCCUGCACAGGCUUAACUUGUUAUGGAAACUGUCUUAUGUAGCUUUUCUGUCUUCUUUUCCUUAGCUCAAGUUGAUUAAGGAGUUUAUAAUUCUUGCAUUUUAUAAAUGUGUGUGAUGUGUGAUUAUUACAUUCCAAUGGUAACUAUGAAGUUGAAUCUGUAUUUUUAUUAUAGCUUGGAAAUAUAACUAAAUGGAUGUCCUCA